AUGUCGCCGGCUUUUUCAGUGCCAGCCUUUCUCUUUUUGGCACCUUUGUUGUUCAAGAGUCUCUGCGUCAGUGGCUCCCCGGGCUGCGCGUCUUGUGGCUUGUCAGGGAUGGAGAAAAACGCCGAGGAAAGGAUGAUGAUCGAAAUCGCCAAAAGGCAACUACUGGACAAGCUGCAUCUGAAAGAAAGACCAAAAAUCAGCCCGACUGUGCCCCGGGUUGCGCUCCUGACUGCGCUGCGUAAACUGCACUCUGGGCGCGUCAGACAGGAUGGUACACUUGAACUAGAAAACAGUGAACCGACCAGAGAUCAAGGCUAUGAAAUAGUCAGCUUUGCAAAUAUCAGUAAGUUUGUUUUUUCUCCUUUUAAACUUUAGUCUUUUUUUUCUUGUUUGGUAAAAAAAAAGGUCAAGAGUGUAUUUUGAGUGCGCUUUACGCAUGCCAGUGCGUAAUGAACGCAAAUUAGGUCAGGGUUUCAGUGCUCCCUGCACAACUAUAGGUUGUUGCUGUUGUUGUGUUGUUUGUAAAAAUGUUUCAAAGAUUAGGUGAAGAAAAUUAUUAUAUAUUGAGCUUGAAAUGUACAUAUUAUUACUGAUUUCAUGAAGGAAAAACUUAAAAACCCUUGAAGACUAUAUGAGGGAACUCUCACUUGACCUGUGGGUUUUACUUGUGCAGCAAAGUUGACACUGUAAGAAGUAUCACCACAUUAACCAGUUUUUCUGUUAUUGUUAUUGAUCUACAGAUGAUACAGAGAGCGGCGAUGAAGCCAGCCUCAGUCUUACCUUCCAGUUCCUGCAGGAGCGUGGUCAGAGUAUCCAAGUCCUCCAGGCUUCUCUGUGGAUCUAUGCCCACUCCUCUGGGGACGCCCGCAUCCCUGCUCGGGUUUUCCUCACCGCAGAGGGUGGAGCUUCUGGAUCUAAUCGCACCCUGGUCAUAGAGAAGAUGUUGGAGGUCCAGGAGAGUAACUGGCACACUAUUCCCAUCACCCGCACCCUGCAGGCCUUCCUCGAUGGAGGCCAGCAUCGCCUUCGGCUGGAGGUCAGCUGUGAUGAUAAUGGCAAGAACCUCUGCUCCCUGGAUGGUCAUGCUGACACCCCUUACCAGCCCUUCAUGGUGGCUCAGGUGCGUCUCCGGGAUGAGAACUCCAAGCACUUAAUCAGGAAGCGCUCCCUGCGUUGUGGGGAUGAUGUCACUGUGUGCUGCAAAAGAGAUUUCUACAUCAAGUUCAAGGAUAUCCAGUGGCACGACUGGAUCAUUGCACCAGAGGGGUACCACAUGAACUACUGCAUGGGUCAGUGCCCUCAGCACCUGGCCGGCUCACCUGGUAUAGCAUCCUCGUUCCACGCCACAGUCUUCAGCCAGCUCAAAGUCAACGGCAUUAACACAGCUGCAUCUUCCUGUUGCGUCCCCACAGAGCGCCGGCCUCUCUCCAUGGUCUACUUCAACUCUCAGCACAGCAUCGUCAAAACAGACGUCCCGGACAUGAUCGUGGAGUCCUGCGGAUGCACAUAA